GCGCCGAUUUUUCGCUUUUGCCCCUAACAAAGAAGGCUUCGGUUUAAUUGCAGUCUGGGAAGAGUCUGGGCGUAGAAUGACGUGUCAGGUAAAUACAUACUGAGUUAUUUUUCAAGAGGAGAGGAAGAGUCUCACUAUAAUGGGAAAAACUAAAAAACAAUACAUUAGCAUCGCCAAAGAGAUAGACAGUGUGGAGGGCCGUCUCUCGCUGUGCAGGGAUAGCCUGGAGGGAGUGGAGUUCAGGCUGCGUAAGGAGCAGCUCUCUGAUGAAGGAAGACAAUCGCUGGAGGAGGAAAAGACUAUUCUUGUGCAGAGAGUGUCAAAAUAUGAGGAGGAGCUGCAGAGUCUGAGAGGGGAGAAUCGCAGAAACAUGCUGCUGUCUGUCAUGCUGCUAGCACUCUUUGUGCUCCUCUACACCUCCUGGACAAGUUAGCCAGGCCAGACCCUGUCACUUGAACACAUCAAGCAUUCUGUUUUUCUAUUUGGAGCGAAUCGAUUCAUUCCAUCAGAUUCAGGUCACUUGUGGUCAGGACAUUUCUGUACCAUUGGCUUCUCUAAUCAGCAGUAGACAGUCUUCACUACCAUGAGUUAGAGAGCAUUUUGGAUGAAGGUUCCUGAUUAGCAGUGUGCUGAAAUGCUGUGGAUUAUGUUACAUUAAAAGUGCAUUGUAAAUACAAUAUUUAUAAGUUGUACUUUUAUGUAUCUUAACCAUGAUCACUGAUUUCCACAUUUGGAUCAGUGUUUUUUGGGGAUUUUUUUUGCACUGGACAGGGUCUGGUACCAGAUUCUUAAGCAAUCCAGAACAUAUAUUUUUAGGCACCUUAGACCUGAUGGAGUCCUGCACAGCUCUACACUAUUGUAGAGUUCUUCUACAUUGACAACAGAAUCAGAAUGUCAAACUAGCUACAAUCCUAUGCAUGUAAAAUGACUGUAAGGUUGUUAAUGGUAAUUCCAUUGUCAAUUUAAGUGUAAUUAAACUGGAGAGCAGAAUAAAGUGUC